AUGCCGGGCGUCCGCAGCCUCCUCCUCGCCCUCGCCGGCGCCUCGCUCGCUCCAGCCGUGCUCGCCGCAGACGCCUCGACCGACAAGUCGGACGUCCACGCCCUCAAGGCAGACACCUUCAAGGACUUCAUCAAGACCCAUGAGCUCGUCCUCGCUGAGUUCUACGCUCCAUGGUGCGGCCACUGCAAGGCCCUCGCUCCCGAGUACGAGGUUGCGGCCACCGAGCUCAAGAGCAAGGACAUCGCCCUCGUCAAGGUCGACUGCACCGAGGAGGCCGAUCUCUGCCAGGAAUAUGGUGUCGAGGGAUACCCUACGCUCAAGGUCUUCCGUGGCCUUGACUCGGUCAAGCCCUAUAGCGGUGCCCGCAAGUCCCCUGCCAUCACCUCGUACAUGAUCAAGCAGAGCCUUCCAUCAGUCUCGGUGGUAACGGCAGACAACUUCGAGGAGGUCAAGUCCCUGGACAAGGUUGUCGUCAUGGCCUUCAUUAGCGAGGAUGACAAGGAGACCAACGCUACCUUCACCUCCCUCGCUGACGCCAUGCGAGACGAUGUCCUCUUCGCCGGCACCAGCAGCGCUGAACUGGCCAAGAAGGAAGGUGUCUCGCUCCCUGCCAUCGUCCUCUACAAGGAAUUCGAUGAACGCAAGGACAUCUACGAUGGCAAGCUCGAGUCUGACGCCAUCAAGGCUUUCAUCAAGUCCGCUAGCACACCCCUCGUUGGCGAGGUUGGCCCAGAGACCUACUCCGGAUACAUGUCGGCUGGCAUCCCUCUUGCAUACAUCUUCGCAGACACCGCUGAGGAGCGUGAGAAGUACAACACUGAGUUCAAGGACCUCGCCAAAAAGCUAAAGGGCAAGAUCAACUUCGCUACCAUUGACUCCAAGGCCUUUGGUGCUCACGCUGCCAACCUCAACCUCGUCCCUGAGAAGUUCCCUGCCUUUGCCAUCCAGGACACCGUUUCCAACAAGAAGUACCCCUUCGACCAGGAGAAGAAGCUCACCAAGGAGGAUAUCACCAAGUUCGUUGAGGGCGUCAUCUCCGGCGAGAUCGCUCCUAGCGUCAAGUCCGAGCCCAUCCCAGAGUCCAACGACGGCCCCGUCUCCGUCAUCGUCGCCCACACCUACGAGGAGAUCGUCAUGAACAAGGAUAAGGAUGUCCUCGUUGAGUUCUACGCUCCAUGGUGCGGACACUGCAAGGCUCUCGCUCCCAAGUACGACCAGCUCGGUGGCCUGUACAAGGACAACAAGGACUUCGACUCCAAGGUUACCAUUGCCAAGGUCGAUGCCACCGCCAACGACAUCCCAGAUGAGAUCCAGGGCUUCCCUACCAUCAAGCUCUUCCCAGCCGGUGCCAAGGACAAGCCAAUCGAGUACACUGGCUCCCGUACCAUCGAGGACCUUGCCAACUUCGUCCGUGACAACGGAAAGCACAAGGUUGACGCCUACGAUGAGAAGAAGAUCGAGAAGGACGGCAGCGACGUCACCGGCAAGCCAAAGGAUGCCGAAGCCACCGCUAAGCCAGAGGAGACUGCCGAGACCAAGGAGGAGGCCUCCAAGGAGCACGAAGAGUUGUAA